UUUGCCCAGGAUAUUUGUGCAAGCCCAGGUUUGUUUGCACCAGACGCCAGGGGUUGACAGCCUGGGAGGAGUGUGUGACAGUUGGCUAGCGCUGUGAGGCCCAGGCCAAGCCAAGUCGCCUCAGGGGCCGAGGCUAUGCGCUGGGGGAGGGGCGGGGCGGCGGAGCAGAGGAGCUGUGACUGCUACUGCUGGGAGGGAUAGAGGCCUCACCUCGGGGUGCUGGUGCCCCGCAGUCGGAGAGGGAAGAGCAAACACCCUUGAGAGCCUUCUCGGGGGCUCUUGGGUCGCACAGUCUCUAGGGGUCUCCUAGGCUGGUGGGGGCUGCCCCGAUUUGUCACCGGAAACAAUGGGGAUUCCGGGCCCGAGGCAAUGGCGCAAGUCCUGGGGGAAGGGGAAAUUUAGCUUCCUCUGGUUUAGCCCUCCGGGGCCAAGCCGCGAGCCCUGGUGGCUGUGAGCAAGGGACUUGCAAGUGUCGAGUUAGGACGGGACUAGGCUGGCGGGCCUCUGUCUACAAUCUCUUCGCGGACGGUCCGUUCUCCUGUAUCCCGGCCGGUUUUUGUGAUCUGCUCUCAUCUCUAGGCCAGGCCCUAAGCAAAGAGCAAAGAACUGGCCAGGGCCCCUCCCUCCCGGGCCCCUCCCUCCCUCGGAUCUGGGGUUUUGUAGCAGCAGCAGCAGCAGCAGCAGCAGCAGCAGCAGCAGCAGCAGCAGCAGCAGCAGCAGCAAGGCGCUCAGGUUCUGGAAGAGAGUCUUGUCGACAAGCGCCGCAGGGCUCGCUCCAGGGGUGAGGAAGAGCUCUGUCCUGGGGUCUAGCUCACCACAGAGACCGACGAUCCCUGGCCCUGCCCUGCUUUCAGAUCGCGAAUUUAGCGACAGCCCCUUCGCUACCCACCGGCCGCGUUUCCGGGCUCAGUGCUGGGGUUGCGGCACCCGGAACACAGACGAACGCAGUAUGUGCACUAGUUGUUGGAACCGGGGUACAGCUCUGCGGCACUGAGAGCUCGGCGGCCCCAAGUAUGCCGCUGGGGGCGGGGCUUGCAGAGGCCCCGCCCCAGCCCUGCACGGCCCUCCCCCGCCUCUUGGCCGAGUAGGCCAGGGGUUGAGCUGCGCUCUGAGUCCACGCCUCAGCGGGUCUCUUUGCAGCAGUUGCGAAAACCCGGAACGAAGGUGUUGUUGCCGUUCGGCAGAGCGGCGCCGCCCCUCGCCGCACCUCCCCGCCAGUCCUCGGAGGCCUCGCUGGGCAUGCUCAGUCCGCAGGGCCGCUUCAGCUCUCGUAGUAGGAAGCUUGGGGCGCUUGGCUUGUGAGGACCCACGGCGUUGCGAAGAUGGAGCCCUUUACCAAUGAUCGACUUCAGCUUCCAAGGAAUAUGAUUGAAAACAGCAUGUUUGAAGAAGAACCAGACGUGGUAGAUUUAGCCAAAGAACCUUGUUUACACCCUCUGGAACCCGAUGAAGUGGAAUAUGAGCCCCGGGGUUCGAGGCUACUGGUGCGAGGUCUUGGUGAGCAUGAGAUGGACGAGGACGAAGAGGAUUAUGAGUCAUCUGCAAAGCUGCUGGGCAUGUCCUUCAUGAACAGAAGCUCAGGCCUUCGAAACAGUGCAACAGGCUACAGGCAGAGUCCAGAUGGGACUUGUUCAGUACCCUCUGCCAGGACCUUAGUGGUCUGUGUUUUUGUCAUCGUGGUUGCUGUCUCUGUGAUUAUGGUGAUUUAUCUACUGCCUAGAUGUACCUUUACCAAAGAAGGCUGCCACAAAAAAAACCAGUCAACAGGACUAAUUCAGCCAAUUGCCACAAAUGGGAAAUUGUUUCCAUGGGCACAAAUUAGGCUUCCCACUGCCAUUAUGCCUCAGCGCUAUGAACUUAGCCUACACCCAAACCUAACCUCAAUGACAUUCAGGGGCUCUGUGACAAUUUCACUUCAGGCUCUUCAAGCCACGUGGAAUAUCAUUCUCCAUAGCACAGGACACAAUAUUUCAAGAGUGACAUUUAUGUCAGCAGUUUCAAGUCAAGAAAAACAAGUUGAAAUCCUGGAAUAUCCAUAUCAUGAACAAAUCGCCAUUGUUGCCCCUGAAGCCCUUCUAACAGGACACAAUUAUACUUUGAAGAUAGAGUAUUCGGCAAAUAUAUCUAACUCUUAUUAUGGGUUUUAUGGCAUCUCCUACACAGAUAAAAGUAAUGAGAAAAAGUACUUUGCAGCAACUCAGUUUGAACCCCUGGCAGCAAGAUCUGCUUUUCCCUGUUUUGAUGAACCAGGAUUUAAAGCCACAUUUAUCAUCAAGAUUACAAGGAAUGAGCAUCACACUGCAUUAUCCAAUAUGCCUAAGAAGUCAUCAGUCCGUACAGAAGAAGGACUUAUUCAGGAUGAGUUUUCUGAAAGUGUGAAAAUGAGCACAUACCUGGUUGCUUUCAUUGUAGGGGAGAUGAGGAACCUGAGUCAGGAUGUAAAUGGAACCCUGGUUUCAAUAUAUGCUGUACCAGAAAAGAUUGGUCAAGUUCACCAUGCCUUGGACACAACUGUAAAGCUCCUUGAGUUUUAUCAAAAUUACUUUGAAAUUCAAUAUCCACUUAAGAAAUUGGAUUUGGUGGCCAUUCCUGACUUUGAAGCGGGAGCAAUGGAAAAUUGGGGCCUGAUUACAUUCCGAGAAGAGACUCUUCUGUAUGACAAUGCCAGUUCUUCAGUAGCAGAUAGAAAAUUGGUUACUAAAAUCAUUGCUCAUGAGCUGGCACAUCAGUGGUUUGGUAAUCUGGUUACAAUGCAGUGGUGGAAUGACCUAUGGCUAAAUGAAGGCUUUGCGACUUUCAUGGAGUAUUUCUCUGUGGAAAAAAUAUUCAAAGAGCUCAACAGUUACGAAGACUUCUUAGAUGCUCGAUUUAAAACCAUGCGGAAAGAUUCCUUGAAUUCAUCCCAUCCAAUAUCAUCAUCUGUUCAGUCUUCAGAACAAAUAGAAGAGAUGUUUGAUUCUCUUUCCUAUUUUAAGGGAGCUUCUCUCUUGUUGAUGCUGAAAACUUACCUUAGUGAAGAUGUGUUUCAGCAUGCUAUCAUUCUUUACCUGCACAAUCACAGUUAUGCAUCCAUUCAAAACGAUGAUCUCUGGGACAGCUUUAAUGAGGUCACAAACAAAACAUUAGAUGUAAAGAAAAUGAUGAAAACCUGGACCCUACAGAAAGGAUUCCCAUUGGUGACUGUCCAGAGAAAGGGGACCCAGCUCCUUCUACAACAAGAAAGAUUUUUUCUAAGCAUGCAAGCAGAAAUUCAGGCUCCAGAUGCCAGCUACCUUUGGCAUAUUCCAAUAUCCUAUGUCACUGAUGGAAGAAACUAUUCAGAAUAUCGAUCAGUUUCACUACUGGACAAGAAAUCAGAUAUCAUCAAUCUUACAGAACAAGUACAGUGGGUCAAAGUCAAUACAAACAUGACUGGCUAUUACAUUGUUCACUAUGCUGAUGAUGACUGGGCAGCUCUAAUCAAUCAGUUAAAGAGAGAUCCUUAUGUUUUGAGUGACAAAGAUCGAGCCAACCUCAUAAAUAACAUCUUUGAACUUGCAGGCCUUGGCAAAGUGCCUCUUCGGAUGGCAUUUGAUUUGAUUGAUUAUCUUAGAAAUGAGACCCAUACUGCACCCAUCACUGAAGCCCUGUUCCAGACGGGCCUUAUCUAUAACCUCUUGGAAAAACUAGGACACAUGGACCUGGCCUCAAGAUUGGUGACCAGAGUAUAUAAAUUGCUCCAGAACCAAAUCCAGCAACAGACUUGGACUGAUGAGGGAAUGCCAUCCAUGCGAGAGCUUCGGUCAGCCUUGCUGGAAUUUGCCUGUGCCCACAGACUAGAGAACUGUACCACUAUGGCCACAAAGCUUUUUGACAAUUGGAUGGCAUCAAAUGGAACUCAGAGCCUGCCUACUGAUGUCAUGAUCACUGUGUUCAAAGUUGGAGCGAGAACCGAGAAAGGCUGGUCAUUCCUCUUAAGCAUGUAUUCAUCCAUGGGCUGUGAAGCAGAAAAGAAUAAAAUACUUGAAGCUCUUGCCAGCUCAGAGGAUGUGCAGAAACUUUACUGGUUAAUGAAAAGUAGCCUUGAUGGUGAUAUCAUCCGAACACAGAAGUUGUCGCUUAUCAUCAGAACAGUGGGCAGACACUUUCCUGGACACUUGCUGGCAUGGGAUUUUGUUAAAGAAAACUGGAAUAAGCUUGUACAUAAGUUCCAUCUGGGCUCCUAUACUAUACAAAGUAUUGUUGCUGGAUCAACUCACUUGUUUUCAACGAAGGCACAUUUGUCUGAGGUCCAGGCAUUCUUUGAAAAUCAGUCAGAGGCAACCUUGCAGCUUCGGUGUGUCCAGGAGGCUUUGGAAGUUAUUCAGCUGAAUAUCCAGUGGAUGUCGAGGAAUCUGAAAACUCUGACCUUGUGGCUGUAGCACUCACAGCUGAUCUUCCGGUGCCCACGGCUCUGCUGCUUUUGCAAAAGUUGAAGUGAAGGCAGGCCUGCUACUGAAUUGUUUGCACUGUUAGGAAUUCUAGUCAGCUCAGGGCCCAAUUGUGUUUUUCAUGUCUUUUCUGAAAUGUCUUUAGGCAGUAAGUAGUUAUUUAUUACAAAAUUAUAUUCACCUGUAUACUAACCAUCUACAAAAACAAUGCAUAAUUUUUCUUUGGACACACAAAUGGAGAAAAAAAAGUCAUAUUUGAAAUUCUGUUCUGUUUAUUAGUGUCCAGAGAGUUGCUGACAUAGUACAUCCAAGGAAAGUCUGCUGUAAGAACCACCAUAUCUGAGGGUUGCUGAUUGGCCAGUUGGUUGUUGCUCCUUGUUCAUAGAUGCAUUUGGAGUAUGAUAGCCUGGAAGAGUCCAGUGCCAAAGGCCUGGAAGAUGCAAUUAUAGACAACUGACCUCAGGUGGGCAGGUCUGCCCUGAUUGGGGGUUCUUUAAAAGGUUUAUAUCUUUAUUAUAAUUUUCCCUGCAGAAUAAUCAGGUUCUAAAGAGUUUAUCUUGUUUCUGUUGAACAAAUGAACGAACAGGCCCCAAAUUGCAGUUUUCCAAGUAUUUAACACUUUCUGCUUCAUCUUUAUGGCGCUACUGUAGGAAGGUAUUCUGAAUUGAGUUAAUGUUAAUUAUUUUAUCCAUGAAUUCCAGUACCCCCCAACUCUAUACACUUGGUUAGUCCUGCUUAGGUAGAUUUUCUGCUGUGGAGGAGUAUUUCUUUGCUUUGGCAAGCUUUCUGUUAAGCACUGGUAUUUUUGUCAUUUACUUUCCCACCAAGAAUGUAAUUUGUUUAAGUUGCCUUUUGACCUAACAAAUCAUACCCUUUACUGUGUGAAUCGUACCCAUGUGUGUGCUUUUACUUUAUGUUACAAUGUGUAUUAGAAGCAUUUCUCAAGAAAUUAAAGCUUUUUAUUUUGAAGUUCACCAUAGUACCUUAAAGGGACAAUGAGAAUGUGGAAAAGGAAUAAGUUGAAAAUAUGGUGGACUAUGAAUUCUUUUUUCACUGUUAAAAACAGUACUUCUGUUUAGUUGAAAAAAAAAAAAAACUGUAGCUUUGUUUUCCUUUCUUAUGGCCAAACUAACAUUAAACAGAGCAGCCAAGGCUCAAGCAAAGGAAAAGGGAGGGAGGGUGUCCAGAGCAGAAUGCAGGCGUUUUCACUCCUUCUGAAGGAGAAAUACUGUACUUGAAUUUUUUGAGCUAUGCAGACUUAUUCCUAGAUUGUUGUGUUUCUUUGAUUCUUAGGAGAGAAGUUUUCUUCUUAAUAACUCAUGAGAAUUCUAUAUUUUGUUUGAAAACUGUCCGUGUACAUAAAAAAGAAUUACUCAUUUGUGAACACUGAAAACACUCCACAGAAUCAGACCAUAGAAAGGCCACUUUUUUUAUUUGGCUGUUGUAAAGUUAGAAUAUGUGGAGCUGUAUACAAAGUUAUAGUUUAUUUUAUGAAAAUAUUUUUAUAUAACAAAAUUUUAAUGGCUGACAAGCUGAAAAUAGCCUGCUUUAAAUCUAGUGUUUGCUCCCAAUUUAGUCUUUUCUAAACAUUUUUGUGUUUUUGAGUAGAAAAUGUUAUUCCUGAGAAUCACAGAAUCAUCUUGAUAUCUUUGUGAAAUAGUUAAUUGUAGAUCUUUAUUUCCUUUGUGCUUUUGGUAAAUGAAUGAUAGUUUAGUUGAUACUGAAGGUUGUGGGGGGUUGUAUUUUUAGAGUGAAGGGAAAAUACUCUGGUGGGUUUUAGUUGCCUUUUUUUUUUUUUUACCAUGUUGUAUUACUAAAUUCUACUUUGAUACAAAAUUUAACUUUUGCUACUUCUCAAGAUCAGUUCAAUCUUGAGAUUUAUCUGCCCAUCUUGGCAUUGAUCCUAAAGUCUAUGUAACUCUGCAUAUGGCAAAUCUUGUCUUAAAUAACACUUUUUUCCAUGUAUGAGUGUGAAUGUAUAUGGUGUGUGAUGUUGUAAAUAAAGCCUUAUGAGGAUAUGUGCUUAAAAAAAAGUAAUUCUUGAUUCACUUCUAUCAGAAGCUGUUCAUUCCCAGGAUACUGGAGCCAUAAUAUUUUCAGUCUUACCUAUAAUCUUCAUCUCAAUUGUUUUUAACUUUGAUAGGCCUCCUCUUAAUUUUCCCACAAAAUCCUGUGAUUUUUCAUGUUUUGUUAGCCCGUUAUGUGCAGCCUCUUAUAACUAACUCAAAGUCAAGAAUAUAAGGCUGAGAGGUAGCAUGUAUAGUCUGAUAAGUAUAUUGGUAGCGUUCAGAUUUUCCUCCUCCGAAAUUUACAUUGCGUUCUGUACUUCUAGGAAGGAAGAUUGAGGCACAGGCCAGCUUGUGCUCUAGGUAUAAGCACACAGAUAUCCGACAUUGUUGGGUAGUGAUUGAAUGAGCAUUCUGCUCACCACAGAGAAAGGGUGUACUUGAAUAUAAUAUGAAAGGUACGCCUUGAUUAUUAGGAAAAAUUGAAUUGGAAAUCUAGAUUUGUGGGGGAAAAAUUGAUUUGGAGAUCUGAAAGUUAGGAAUUGGAGGAGAUAAGUUUAGUCUACUAAUAUAGAGUUAGCUAUAAUAAAAAGUAGUGGCAAUUUCUCCUCAGAAACUUGUGCCUUCUGUCUCAUUUUGUCUUUAAAAAUGAAAUUGUGUUUGUCAGUGUUCAGUGUUUACAAACUUUCUUGCUAUCACAGGUUCUACUUAACUGGUUUUCUUUGCCACAUGUGUUUUCAUUUUAUGAGACUUUAGCCACCAUUAGAACAAAAGCUUCCAGAAGAGUCCUGGGUAUAAAAAAAAACAAAUCCAGCUGCAUCAGGUUUACUGGGUACCAAACAAUUCUUUCUGAUUAUUGGGAAGCAAGAAAUUAACAUUAAGUCUUGUGUUUGUUGCAUGAUUGAUAGCCUGUUGUUGAAUUGGAUUUUAAAGGUGCUUACUUAAUCUAAAGCACCUGGAAUGGUAAUCUUCAGCCAGACUGCUGAGCAUUUAUAUAAGACCAUGUGUUCGAGGGUUUCAGGGAUGGCACAGUACCUCUCAGGUGCACUGUUGCUGAGGACUGCAGUCCCAGGUUGAGUUCACAGAUAAGAGUGGGUUGGUUUAUAUCGACCUCUUAAAAAUUGGGAUCACAGGUAUAAUGUAGUUCCCCCACCCUUGCCUUACUUUUAUUUAUACAGAAUGAAUCCUCUGUUUUGGAAAUGUUCUGUCUUUUUUCAUUUAUAGUUCUUGAAACUCAGAUAUACACACACACACACACACACACACACACACACACACACACACACACACACACACAUUUGCCUGGUUUUAUGUUCUUUUAUUUUGUUCUUAAAUCUCUGAAAUAUCAAAGAAGUACAAAGUGAAAAGUGGAGGUCUCAAAAGUAUGACAAAUCUACUCUUUUCCCCAUCCCAUACUGCCUGGUUGGGCAAUAAUUAGCAGAAUAAGUGCUUGAUUUUUAGAGAGUUUGUGGGAGCUUUUGUGAGGGAGGUGAUAUAUACUUUUGAAACAUACACAUGUAUUUUUAUGUUUUUAUUUUACAAAUUUUGUCCUGGUAAAGAGUGAAAUACUGCUCUCUGAUAAUCUCUCCUCUUCCCAUGUUGCCUACAGCUAUAGAGUAAUUUGGUUUUAAUUUUUGAAAGGAUGUGGUAGGUUUCAAGAAGGAGCAAGGUAACUUCUUUUAAAAGUGUGUAGAAAUAAUUUUGCUGCUAUUUGGGACUUAAUGCUGCCCUCCUGACAUUCUUGUGGACAUGUACAUAACCAUGCAAGUCCACAUGGAUGCAUUGGCAAUAACAGAAUAGUAAUAGUGCCUACUGUUUUGUUCUAGUCUUAGGAACUUAGGUUGCCUCUCAUCCUUUCAAGCACAUUUAUAAAUGCAAUUCUACUUUUUAGACUUGUUUCUUUGCAUAGAUAACUUAAUUACCAUUAUGACUGAGUAUGACAGAGUGUUCCCUUUUCCUUGUUCCCUUUAAGGCAAUAAUUAAUUGUUCUGUUAGGGAGAGUUUGGAAGAGAGUAGAGUAGUGCUUGCUAUGAUUUUUUAUUACUAAUUUUGUUUGGUCCUAUGCCCUUGAAAUGCAUGUGAAAAUACCUGAUGAAAUGUGGAAGACCAAAUUAAACAGUCACAUUUUAUCACCUCUUAUUGCUUGUUGGCAGUAGCCAAUAGAAUGGCUGUAUGAGUGGAGUGUGGGGGUGCAGGGAUGUGUACCUAAUGCCUGUAUGUAUGUUCUUACUACUGUAUUGUAUUAAUUCACUGGAUGCUCAGAGUGGAAGGUACCAGUGGAGUUCAGAUGUAUAACAGUGCCUCUUUUCCUUUCUUUUAUUGUCUGAGGUGCAAUACUUGUUAAAGUAGUUUUUUUUGAAAGUUGGAUUUGGGUUUGGGGUGGUGGUUGUUUGGUUGGUUGGUUUUUGCUAGUCUGGAAAAGUAGUUUUGGGGUAAAAGUAUAUACUUUUUAAGUGUAUAAACAUGCUUUGCUGCAUUUUACUUCCUUGCUUUCCCUGUCCUUUCCGUGGAUUUACGAGGGAAGUUGGGGAUCUCUCUAAGAGGUUUCUUCCUUAUCGUACAUUGGACAUGCAGUGAGUGUCAAGUAGCACAGGCAGCUUUGGAGGUGGGGCCGACAUAUGCCUUCACUGUGCUUUUGCUAUGUGCUUUUGUUCCUUGGUCACUUUGUUCCAUUGGGUACCUGUCUUGAACUUGGACUUACCAGUUUCUGACAAACCAUGGAGCUUUGAAUUUAGUGUCCUAGUGUUCUUAUCCAUCGAUGUGGGAAGGAUUUUCUUUUCAUUUUUUAUCUUAGCUUUAGGGGGGACUAAGGGCAGGAGAUAUAGUCUUACAAAUGUAUAUAAUUUUGUUACUAUACUGUGUUAUUUCAUUUGGUACUAAGUCCUUUACAUGGGCGUAUAAGUGCCUAAUGAGACGUGGAGGUCCGGAUGUAUGAAAACUUCCUCUUUUCCCUUUCCUCAUUGCCUCUGUGGGCAAUUGUAGAGUAGCAUAGAUUUUCUAACUCUGUUCCACCCUCAAGGGUGGGUAUGUAUAUACUUUAAAAUGUAAAUAUAAAUUUUUUAAUCUUUUUGUUGUUUCUUCAUUUGUACCUAAACCUGUCUGUGGACACUUAGGUACAUAAGGAAUAUUGAGGUUCAUUCUAUGAAAAAUCUCCCCAUCCCCUUCCCUCAUUGCCUGUCUGGGCAAUCGCUUAUAGAGUAGUUGUGUAGCUUUGGCAUGGGAGUAUGGGGUGAAAGAGUUCUGGGUUUUUACUUUUUUAAAUGUAUUUGAAAGUUUGUCAGUUAUUUCAUUAUUUCACUCCCAAUCUGCUUUUGUGUUUGAGCUUACUGUCAAAGGAAGUGAGAAUCUAUACCCAGAGGCAUGGAACAUCUUUGCUUCACUCAUCACCUGUGCCAUACUGUAGGAGUAUAUGAGUACUGUGGGGCUUGGGUUCUUGUUUUGUCUGUUCAUUGCUUAUAACACAGCUUGUUAGAGAAAAAGGUAACCAUGUAUGUAUGUGUAUGUGUGUGCAUAUAUGUAUACACACACACACACACACACACACACAUACACACACACACACACAUUACGUUGUAAUGCCUUGUGAUGUUAACUUCAUUUUGAACCUGGUCCUUGGCGUGACUGUUUUUUUAAAUAUGUAUUUAAUGAACAUUGAGAUUGAUUCUAUGAAAACUCUCCACACUCCCUUAUCCCUCAUUGCCUGGUGGGCAGUGGUAGACUAGAUGUUUUGUUUACUUAUUUUUUGUUGCUUUGUGGGGGGGUCUGGGUGUACAUAUAUUUUUGAUAUAUAUAAAUAAUUGCUACAUUCUAUAUAUUAUUCCACAUAGCACCAGUUCUUUGCUGGGAUUUGUAGAUAUAUAAUGAAACAUGGAGGUCUAGACGUAUGAUAACUCUCCCCUGCUCCCUUUCCUCAUUGCCUAUAGAGGCAAUAAUUUUAUAACGGGUUUUUUUUUUUUUUUUUAGUGGAGGGGAGGGGGGACUGCUUAGAUAGGUAGUGGUUAGAUAGAGUGCAUGCUUUUAAAAUAUAUUUUUUCAUGGUACUGAUUAGGCUCCUAGUCCUUUGCAUGGAUAAAUGGGUACCUAAUCAAAAUUGAGGAUUGGUGUAUGACAUACCUCCUAUUCUCCCCUUCUCCUUAUGCUUGUAUUGGCAACAGUGAGUAGAGCAGUUGUGUGUUUUUUACUUAAUUGUUUUGGAUUUAUAUUUUUGAUAGAAGACUAUCCUUAGUAUAAAUAGUUUUGGUUUUUUUUAUUUCAUUUUGUGUUUAGUUCUUUGCCUAACUAUAAAGGGCAUAAUGAAAAUUAGUUUCAUAAUAUGAUAGAGUGCAUCCUUUCUUGCAUAUGUCAUCACUCAGCAGUAACUAGUGCAGUUGUUUUGGUUUUUUUUUUUUUUUAUUCUAGUUAUUUUCUAGGAUAUAUCUUUAAGGAUACAAAUAUAUACACAUACAUAUUCAAUUUUUCCCUUGCUGUCAUUGUUUUGCUUUAACAUUUAUUCCUUUGAAGAUUUCUACAUGCACCUAGGACAAAAACAAAAGCUCAUUACAUCUUGGGCACCUGACUGGAAGUGCAGCCCUGUGACUCCAUGUCGAACAGUGGCAAUGAGCAUGCAGCAAAUAAGAUGGGCAAAGACACUCAGAUAUGGCUGCGUUGUGGAAACUAAUCAGACCCAGCAAUUCUAAUGUGUCAAACUGAGAUGGUGGAAGAACUUCAGGGGCUAGCUUUUUCUAUCUUAGAACAUCCACAGAUGGGAGGGCAAAUUGGCCCCUUCUUACCCAGAACUCUUUUGUGUGGCUGCAUCUCUUCCCCAGUUCUCUAUUAACUGAACCAUUCCUGUUCUGUUUUUCCUUUUGCCUCCAGCGCCUUCGUUGUUAUUAGGUGCUGUCUUAGGUUGUACUCACAAAUUUAAGCUAAUGCUGCAUCCUAGUCGACUUUGUGAUUCUGUGUGCAUCUCAUGCACCCAAGCCUGUGUGUCUGCUCUCAGCAUUCUUAUAUUCCACCACAUGGUAAAUGUUAUGACUACACAUUUGUCUGCAUCAAAGAAAAUGCACAUGCAUACCUUCCCUGUCCUUGCUGCAUCUUAGCUUUGUUUUGUUUGUACAUUUUUUUAAUUGAUAUUCCAUGAGGAAGAUUUGCCAUAUCCUUUUAAGAAACACUGAGUGAUAGAUAGGACUCCUAGAAAAAAUUCUCAAAGAAGUGUUAUUUACCAUAUCAAACUCAGGAAUGUGUUGGAAAAUUAGUCUAGUAACAUUGCUGUUACUUAUACCUGCUGCUGUAGGAAAAGUUAUUCAUGACACAUUUACCUUUGAUCAUAAAUAAAAGAGAAAGGGCCACCUUUUUGGAGUUAGUCAUGGUAGUCAUUAGUUAUAUUUUUGAACCGUUUUUAAUUUGAAAUACUUCAAAGGAAGUAAAGGUCAUGGCUUAGCUCAAAGAAAUGCUCCAGAAGUUCGGCUGUAUAAAUCAUCAGUACAAUAAUACACUCUGUGUGUGUGUGUGUGUGUGUGUGUGUGUGUGUGUGUGUGUGUGUGAAAUGAGAAUUGCUACAUAAUUGGAGCAUUUGCCUUCAUCAGCAAAUCACAUUGAGACAAACUAUAGUCGGCUGUCUUGAUUAAAGCCAAGUGUUCCUUGUGGCUGUGAGGAAGAGUCUCUUGCAAAUACUUUGGAAAGUAACUACUUGGAAACUUACAAAGGUAUUACUUUUUUUUUUUUUUUUAAUUUAAACACCAGUAGAAACCUUCAGUUCCUUCAGUCUGAGUUCGUGGGUAAAAUUCUAAAUUUGUAUUCUAAUCUGUCUUUUGUGGAAAUUUUUGAAAAUAGUAUGUAUGUGUAAUAUUGUAUGUGCAAAUUGUAUUGUUUUACUUGUAAAGGGAAAAUGCUUAUUUUUCUUUGUACUUGUUUUGCAUAUGACCAGCACUGAUUGAAAGGCAUGUUUAACUGCAAACACUUGCUUUCUUUGUGAAAUGAAAAUAAAGUAUUUAAAUACAAA